AUGGCGGUUAAGUUAGUUGUGGAAGGGUUUACCUUGAACAUUAUUAGUGCUUACGCACCACAAGCGGGCUUGGACGGGGAGGAGAAGAGGAGCUUCUGGGAGGAUUUGGAUGAAGUGGUGGGAGGUAUACCGCCCACCAAGAAGUUAUUCAUGGGAGGAGAUUUCAAUGGACACAUCGGCUCAACCUCGGGGGGUUAUGAUGAAGAGCAUCGAGGUUUCGGCCUCGGAGUCAGGAAUGGAGGAGGAGUCUCACUUCUGGAUUUCGCUAAAGCCUUUGGAUUGGUAGUAGCUAACUCGCGUUUCCCGAAGAGAGAGCAGCACUUGGUAACCUUUCGUAGUUCGACAGCUGCGACAUAG